UCAAGCCUGCAAAACACAGCAGCUUUGGGUAGAUGUUUAGGAUAGGGAGAGCUGCCGUAGCUGGCAGUUGCUUGGUGGCCUUUGCUUCAGCACGAGCAUUCCUUUCAGGUGACGUACUGCAAGAGGUCGAAACUCAGGAGGAAACACAGCCACGUCGUGAGGAACAGGACUUGGCAGAUACUGAUGCAGAUCGCCUUCUUGCGAAGAUCGCCGGAAAGUGGGAGGUGUACUACGACGGCCAGCGCAAUGUGCAGUUUCUGCCGGUGGAAAUCUCCUGUGAUGGCAGAUAUAAGAUUUGGAAUGGGAAGAUCAUGCAGAUUGACAUGGGUGAGAAGAUGAAGGAAAAAUGCACGAAAGGCACAACCAAAGGGCAAUUUUACUUGCCCAACUGGAAUGAGGACCCUAACAAGUGGGAGUGUGGAUGGUAUGACGAAAAGACGGACCAGAUCCACAACUACCAUUACAGUGUAGGCAAAAAUAAUGCUGGACAAGGUCACCAACCAGGAGAUUCCUAUUGGGGAUGGAUUCAACAGUCGAAGAGAAUAAAGAAAGAGAAUUGCCCCACGCUGGAAGACAAGAGGCAUGCCCCAGCCUUGGGGAAUGCGACCACCUUGUUGGACUGUCGUUCCAUGACUCUGGCUGCAACUUGCCCUAGCACUUCGGACAAGAAGGAGUGCCAUGAGAGCACGGUGGAGUACGACGGCGUGAGAUACGUCUGUUACUUCACGGAGACCAGCUACGGAAGCAUCUCUGCGGCUCUGAAGCAGAAUCGUUGCAACUGGGAUCCGAUGGCAGAUGGGAAUUCAUGGGAGGACAGAACUGGAAAUGGGAUACAUCCAACCUACCGUGAAAAGGCCCGAAACAGUUAA